AGAGCGGCGGGGAGCGCCGGGCGGCCUGAAAGCAGCACGCUCCGCACACGGCGGCGGCGCGAUGCUGACCAGGUGGCCCAGGCGGCUGCUGCAGCCCUGCGGGCGCACAAUGCCCUCCUCCGAGGCCGUCCUGCAGCCGUCCCCCAGCAAGAGGCAGAAGGGCUCGCUGCCUGAGGAGCCCACCGCGCGGCUCCGCUUCACCAAGCUGUCCGAGAACGCCUCCACCCCCUCCAAGGGCUCUGCUCGGGCCGCGGGCUACGACCUGUACAGUGCCUAUGACUGUGUGAUACCACCCAUGGAAAAGGCUGUAGUGAAAACAGACAUUCAAAUUGCACUUCCUGCUGGAUGCUAUGGCCGAGUAGCACCGCGUUCUGGUUUAGCUGCAAAGCACUUCAUAGAUGUUGGUGCUGGUGUUAUUGAUGAGGAUUACAGGGGAAACGUUGGCGUGGUGCUCUUCAACUUUGGCAAGGAGACUUUUGAAGUUAAAAAAGGGGACAGGAUUGCCCAGCUCAUCUGUGAACGUAUUUGCUAUCCCGAGCUAGAAGAAGUUCAAACUCUAGAUGAUACAGAACGUGGCGAAGGUGGCUUUGGUUCUACUGGAAAGAACUGAAAACUUUGAAUAUGCUUUCUAUAUUUUUUUGUUAUGCUAUUUCUAAAUUUUUGAUUGAAUUAGAAGUGGGAUUUUGGAGUACAUAGAAAUAUGUCUAAGUUUUAUUCAGACUCUUCUGUUCUCCUGUCUACUUUUACAGGCAGUGAAUUCAUCUGCAUUAUGGUUCUGCAUUAGUUGGUGAAUUAUUUUUUCUUUUUAGAUGUUUGGUUCUCAGUAAUAAAGAACUCAUUGUUUAUGUGCUGUUGUACUCUAAUAAAUUAAAGAGUAACUUAA